AUGGAAAAGGACAAAUAUUACGUCGUCUUGGUGGGGCAUAGGCCUGGCAUAUACAUAUCUUGGGACGACGCUCGGGUGGAGGUGGAGGGGUAUAGUGGAGCAAGACACCGCGCAUUCAGGAACUGGAAAGAGGUAAUGGCAUGUUGGGACGAGCACUUCAGCAAGGCAUGUGCACCGUCAAGACCUUACACGGCAUCUUAUGCGGUUCAGGUCGCUGCAUUUUCUGAUGAUCUCUACAUCCGCCAUUCUUCGUCACACUCCAGCCGACAGACGAUGCCGACGUCACAGGAGUCAACUGUCAUGGUUUCUAGAGCCGUGUCGACUGAUGAUCUUCCCCCAUCACCCUGA